AUGGCCCAAAGCUGGACGGCUCGAGUAGUCCUUUUACUUGACUUCUUCGAGAUUCCAUACAGUCCUCGAUACUACAACAUCUAUGAUUCUGCAAGUCGUCCGAGCGACAAAUAUCUCGAAGGCCGUUUGGUUCCAAUGCUUCAACCCAUCGCAAGCGAUUCAAGUUUUAUAAUUGAGGACUCUCUCGCAAUCUGCGAGUAUCUUGCAGAGGCAUUCCCGGAUCGUAAUCUCUGGCCAAGGGAUGACAGGUUGAGAGCGUUCGCCCGCAGCGCAGCAGCACAAAUGCACGCCGGCUUCAAUGAACUCCGCAACACAUAUCAUACAAACUUCGUGGCGAGAUACACUGGCGACAUUCCAAUUAAUGACACUGCAAAGAAGGAGAUUGCGAAGAUGCUCGGUAUCUGGUACCACGCAAGGAUCCAGACAAAGACACGGCUGGCAGAGCUUGGCGAAAAAGAUCACGGUUUCUUGUUUGGGUCAUUCAGCAUUGCCGACGCAUUCUUCUGGCCAGUCCUUUGGCGGUUCAGAAGCUAUCAGCUACCGCUUGAUAAUAUCACUGAAGAUGCCUUGCAGUGGAUGAACACGAUGUGGGGUCACCCUGUGAUGCUAGCUCAAGCCCGCGGUUACUUUGAACAGGCCAAGGACGCAGCCACACGGGUUGACAAGUUUGACGACAUUUUUAAGCAUGUUCCAGGGGUGCAUUAUGGACAUUUUGAUCAAGACUGGUCAUUCAAGUCCGGAUAG